AUCAGCUGAUCGGUAAUUAAGCUCCAGUAUUCUUGCCUGGAGAAUCCCAUGGACAGAGAAGCCUGGCAGGCUGCAGUCCAUGGAGUCGAAAAUAGCUGGGCACAGCUGAAGCAACUAAGCCCUGCACAGCACAGGCCCUUUGAAAAUUUGAGCAAGUGGAUGGAAGUGAUCUGCAAUUGAUUUUUUUAUACUGGAAGUAGUUAAUAUGUUACAAAAAUAAAUGGUUAGCCAUUUACUUUCACUAUCCAUCAGGUAAAAUAAAAACCAGGGAUUCUGGAACAAGAACAGAGUUCAAGGAAUCAAGGACUCAGACUCCCAUUCUUUCCUGGUCCUCUCUACACCAUGAGGGGACAUCAACUGCCUAAUCCAGUCUUGAUUCUGCUUUUCUUGCUCCUUCCCAGAGAUGCUUCGGCUACCUCCAAACCGCAGUACGUGGUGCUGAUCCCCUCACAGCUGUAUGCUGGUGUUCCUGAGAAGGUCUGCGUCCUGCUGAAUCACCUCAAUGAGACGGUGGCACUGACAGUAACUCUGGAAUAUCAGAUGCAGCCCAGGAUUCUCUUCACAGACCUGGAGGCGAAAAACUCCUUUUACUGCCGCUCCUUCACGAUUCCGGAGUCAGCUUCCUCAGCAUUCAUAACUGUGCAGGUGCAAGGGCCAACCCAGAACUUCAUAAAGAGGAAGCCAAUAUACAUUAGAAAAGAAGAAAGCCUAGUCUUUGUCCAGACAGACAAACCCAUCUACAAACCAGGACAAACAGUGAAAUUCCGCAUUGUCUCUAUGGAUGUCAACUUUCACCCUUUGAAUGAAACGUUCCCGGUGGUUUAUAUUGAGAACCCCAAAAGGAACCGGAUUUUCCAAUGGCUCAGUCUCAAAUUGCAAGGGGGACUCAGUCAGCUCUCUUUCCCACUCUCAGUGGAGCCCACACUGGGUUCCUACAAGGUGGUACUGCAGAAGGAGCCUGGGCAAAAAAUAAAGCACUCUUUUGAAGUGAAUGAAUACGUUUUGCCCAAAUUUGAGGUCCAAGUGAAAAUGCCCAAGAAGAUUAGUUUCCUAGAGGAUGAAUUUGAGGUUUCUGUCUGCAGCUUAUAUACAUAUGGAAAGCCUGUCCAUGGCCUGGUGACGAUUAAUGUGUGCAGAAAAUAUAUACAGUACGGUUCUCUCUGCCAUGGAAAAUAUCCACAAAGCAUCUGUGAAGAAUUCAGUCAACAGGCAGACAAUGAAGGUUGUUUCACACAACUAGUAAAUGCUAAAUCAUUUCAGCUGAGACAAAAAGGAUAUGAGAAUACAUUACAAGUGGAAGCCAAGGUCAGAGAGGAGGGAACAGGGUUGGAAUUAACCGGACAUGGAUCAAGUGAAAUCACAAACACCUUAAGCAAACUGAAAUUUACGAAAGUGGAUUCACACUACAGACGUGGGCUUCCUUUCUUUGGGCAGGUUCUUCUAGUCGAUGACAAGGAUCAGCCAAUCCCCAAUGAGACUGUAGUGGUCAAUGUGGAUACACUGACAUAUAAUGCCAGAUUUACUACAAAUGAGCAUGGUUUGGUGAACAUUUCCAUUGAUACCAGUAACUUCACAUCUUCUUUCAUUUCAGUUGAGGUCAUUUACAAGCAGAAUAGCAACUGUUUUGAUAGCAGGUGGCUUGAAGAAUUUCACUCACCAGCAAUGCACACUGCAAGACAUAUUUUCUCCCCAAGCAAGAGUUACAUUCAGUUUGAACCUGUGGCUGGUACUGUGACCUGUGGGCAAACACUGGAGAUUCGGGUGCACUACAUCCUGAAUGGACAGAUUCUGACAGAUGAAAGGGAAUUAACCUUUUAUUAUUUGAUCAAAGCAAGAGGAAGCAUCGCUCAAUCAGGAACCCAUGUGUUAUCCAUUAAACAAAGAGCGUUAAAAGGGGUAUUUUCCUUCUCCUUUCGAGUGGAAUCGAACCUGGCUCCUAUAGCCCAGUUACUUGUUUAUACCGUUUUACCUAAUGGAGAAGUUGUCGCAGAUACUGAGAAGCUCGAUAUUGAAAACUGUUUUGCCAAUGAGGUAAAUCUGAGCUUCUCCUCAGCCCAAGGCCUUCCAGCCUCAAACACCAGCCUGAAGGUCACAGCUGCUCCUUACUCCCUCUGUGGCCUCCGAGCCGUGGACCAGAGUGUCCUGCUAAUGAAGCCUGAAGCUGAGCUCUCGCCUCAAUCAGUGUAUAAUUUGCUGUCAGUAAAGAGAACCUUUAGCAUGGGUUAUAGAGACCCCAUGAAUGAAGAUGGGGAAAAAUGCAUCAACGCGGAAGACAUAACUCACAAUGGAGUGAUUUACACUCCAAAGCAGCUCAUCAGUGAUGACGAUGUUUACAGUAUCUUUGAGUCUGCAGGAUUAAGUAUUUUUACCAACUCAAAAAUCCACAAGCCAUAUUUCUGUCAGCCAUUUUCACCAUAUCCAGCAAUGCCUGUGACCUAUGCAAAUGCUCCCCCAGGUCCACCAGGCCCCGUACAUGGAGCAGCCGGUUCUCUAGUACGUGGACCUGCAGGGUUACCUUAUCCAUUGGAUGCAAGAGACGCCUCUUCAGCCAUGAAAGUGAAAGAAACAAUCCGGAAGUAUUUCCCUGAGACCUGGAUCUGGGAGUUGAUACCACUCGAUAUAUCGGGCAGACAUGAGUUGGCAAUCCAGGUCCCUGACACCAUCACGGAGUGGAAGGCCAGCGCCCUCUGCUUGUCUGAAACAGCAGGGCUUGGCCUCUCGCCCCCCAUCUCUCUCACAGUCUUCCAGCCCUUCUUCCUGGAACUCACUCUUCCCUAUUCUGUGGUUCGAGGAGAAGCCUUCACACUCAAAGCCACUGUGUUCAACUAUCUGUCCCAUUGCAUUCGGGUGAGUGUGCAGCUGGAGGCCUCUUAUGCUUUCUUGGCCAUCCCAGUAGAGAAGAAUGAAGAAUCUCACUGUGUCUGUGGAAAUAAGCAGAAAACCGUGUCCUGGGCUGUGACCCCAAAGUCACUGGGAGAGGUGAAUUUCACAGCUACUGCAGAAGCCCUGCGGUCUCAGGAACUAUGUGGCAAUGAGGUGCCUCACUUCCCAGCACUUGGACAGAAGGACACCGUUAUCAAGCCUUUACUAGUUGAGCCUGAAGGGAUAGAAAGAGAAGAAACUUUCAACGCACUUCUCUGUGCAUCAGAAACUGGAGAAUCUGAAAAGUUGUCAUUAAAACUUCCUUCAAAUGUGGUUGAAGGUUCUGCCAGGGCAACAUAUGCAGUUUUGGGUGAUAUACUAGGCUCUGCAAUGCAAAAUCUUCAGAAUCUUCUCCAGAUGCCCUAUGGUUGUGGAGAACAGAAUAUGGUCCUUUUCACCCCUAACAUCUAUGUUCUGAACUAUCUAAAUGAGACAGGACAGCUCACUGAGAAGAUCAAGUCCAAAGCCAUCAGCUACCUCAUCAGUGGUUACCAAAGACAGUUGAACUAUAAGCACAGUGAUGGUUCUUACAGCGCCUUUGGGGAUCGUGGUGGUAGAAGUCAGGGAAACACUUGGCUUACUGCAUUUGUGCUGAAGUCUUUUUCUCAAGCCCAGUCACACAUCUUUGUGGAGGACUCGCACAUCAGAGACUCCCUUACCUGGCUCUCACAGAAGCAGAAAGAAAAUGGUUGUUUCCAGAGCUCCGGAUCAUUGCUAAACAAUGCUAUUAAGGGUGGGGUUGAUGAUGAGGUAACGUUCUCUGCCUACAUCACCAUCGCUCUACUGGAGAUGCCGCUGCUCGUCACCCACUCAGUUGUCCGCAAUGCUCUUUUCUGCCUGGAAAGGGCCUGGCAAUCUGCCUCAGAGGCCCAAGGAAGUCUUGUCUAUACCAAGGCGUUAUUGGCCUAUGCCUUCGCACUAGCAGGAGACCAAGCCAAGCGAAAGGAGCUGCUUGAGUCACUAGACAAAGAGGCUGUCAGAGAAGAGGACUCAAUCCACUGGCAACGUCCUGGGAAGUCUCAAGAAGUUAAUGAACUCUACAGUCCACGCCGGGCUCCUUCUGUUGACGUGGAGAUGACAUCUUACUGCCUCCUUGCCUAUCUUACUGCGCAGCCUGCCCCAUCUUCAGAAGAUCUGUCUGUGGCUACAAAGAUUGUAAAAUGGCUCACCAAGCAACAGAACCCCAACGGGGGCUUCUCCUCCACUCAGGAUACAGUGGUGGCUCUCCAGGCACUCUCCAGAUAUGGAGCAGCAACUUUCACUAAAGGGGAGAAAGCAGCUACUGUCACCAUUAAGUCAGCAGAGACCUUCUCUGAAGAAUUCCGAGUAGAUGAAGCCAAACGUCUACUGCUGCAGGAGGUGGCUUUGCCAAAGAUCCCGGGAGAGUACAGCACAGCCGUGUCAGGGUCAGGAUGUGUGUACGUCCAGACAUCCUUGAGAUAUAAUAUCCUGCCCAAGAAAGAAGGAAAAGCUCCCUUUACUCUGAAAGUUGAAACUCUCCCGAAGGAUUGUGAUAGAUUCAGCACUCACAGGAAAGUCCAGAUUCACAUCAACAUUAGUUACACUGGGGAACGACCCAGCUCCAACAUGGUCAUUGUUGAUGUGAAGAUGGUAUCAGGCUUCAUACCUGUGAAAUCAUCAGUGAGAAAGCUCCAGGAAAUGGCUCAGAUUCAGAGGACUGAAGUGAACGCCAACCAUGUCCUGAUUUACUUUGAAGAGUUAACCCAUCAAAUCCUGAGUUUCUCCUUCUCAGUGGAACAAGACAUCGCAGUAAAGAAUUUAAAACCAGCUACAGUAAAGGCAUAUGAUUACUAUGAGACAGAGGAAUUCACCAUUGAACAGUACAGUGUUCCCUGCAGUGCUGAAUCUGAACAUGGAAAUGAUUGAAGAUGGUAACUUGUGGACCUCAUCAGAUGAACUGCUCCAGAAACAAAGAACAAAGACUUACCAGAAGAGAGGACGGUAGGAGAAAGAAGGGACAGGAAUUGGAAGUAUGCUAAAUUUGUUUGUUGAAUAAAUUUAAGACAUUCAUAACUCUAUCUUUUUAUCAAUGUUAUAUUUUCCUUCUGAAAUAUGUAUCUAUUCUCCACAGUGUUUGUUUUGUUGUUUUUUUUUUUUUUCUGGCCAC